UGUAACAAGAGCUCAAAUUGAUUUAAAUAGUAACCUCGAAGCUCAUAUCAUCCACAAGUUAGUUACAAAAUUCGGGCGGAAAAAUGCAGUCGCAAAAUACAAUGAUAUAUGCUUUUAUAAUGUUUAUUUUAUUUUGGAUAUAUGUUUACGCUGCGGAGUAUACACUAACUUUCGAUCGAGUGGAGCCUAUUAAAGGGGAUAAAGAAAAUUUGGCUGAAUUUUCAAAUUUAAAAAUAAUACGAAAGGGUUCGGAUUAUUAUAUGAAUGGAACCUAUACUUUCGUCGAUGAUUUGGACAAUUCUUUUACUGUUGAAGCUACGACCGCAUACAGUCCAUUAGAAAAUAGCCGCUUCAUUAAACAACCCUACCAUGUUCCAAAAGCUCCCUCAUGUGAAUUUUUCAAUACUUCUUAUAAGAAAUUAAUUGAACCAUGUCUGGUGAAUACUAAUUUUCCUGUAAUACCACCAGAAGGAUUGUGCCCUAUCCCAAAGGGGACCUAUUUUAUGAAGGAUUCUACUAUGAUUGACGGUGUUCUCCCACCGCAUUUGUCAAGAGGUAUAUGGAAAGCAGAACUCCGGUUUUUUAAAGAUGGCAAUUGUGUUGGGGGUGCGGUAACCCUAAGUCGUAUUAGAAAUAAACAUUAAUUGAAAAAAAUAAUUAUUUUCCUAAUAAAGCAAAAUCUUUAAUUAAUUUGCAUAA